GCAGCUGUGAUACCUCGUAUUGUAAAAGGAUCAGUAAAAAAAAAAUCAAAACAAAAUCAUGUUUUGGUGAUUAUUUUUGUUUUGUGCGGCUGUAAGAAUUGGCCACCUCCAUUUGCCUCUGCAUCACUUAACGCGCCAAAGGAAGACGCCACCUGACGUCUCCAUCACGCGUAUACGCGCACCACCGAUGUGGCCAGCUCAGCGCGUGUUACCGGGGUUGUCACGGACACACGGAGCUGCCUUUCCAAUGUUCUGAUCACUUGUACUACGACGAGCGGUCCACCUGCGAGCCUCGCGCACUCACAUUCGCCGGUGCGCAAUGGCACCGCGCGCUCCUCCCGGCUCUGGACGCGGUGGCCGGACAACUUUUGCCUCUGCACGGAUGAUGCUCUUCCUCCGUGGCGUCUGAUGAAUCCUCCACUGGGAAACAGUCACAGGUCUGCCAAACAUAUCACCUCCCAUGUCACCGGGACGUCUCCAUGGCGAUGUUUAGUAGCGCAGAGCGGCUCUGGAACGAGUCAGACCGCCUCGGGUGGGACGAGAGGAAUGAGAGCUCGGAGGGACCGGGGCAGGACAAGGAGGAGCACAACUACUACGCCAUGCUGUAUUCCAUGCUCAUCCUGGCCAUCGUGUUCGGGAACGUGCUGGUGUGCCUGGCCGUGCUGAGGGAGCGCUCCCUUCAGACCACAACCAACUACCUGGUGGUCAGCCUGGCCGUGGCCGACCUGCUGGUGGCGCUGUUGGUCAUGCCCUGGGCUGUGUACCUGGAGGUGGUCGGCGGCGCCUGGCUUUUCAGCCGGCUCUACUGUAACAUCUUUGUCACGCUGGAUGUGAUGAUGUGCACCGCCAGUAUCCUCAACCUGUGUGCCAUCAGCAUUGACAGGUACACGGCCGUGGUGAUGCCAGUCUUGUACAACACCACCCAUCGCUCCAGGAAGAGAGUUUUUGUGAUGAUUACUACCGUGUGGGUUCUGGCUUUCGCCGUCUCCUGUCCCCUGCUGUUUGGCUUCAACACCACGGAUGACCCCAUGGUGUGCUCCAUCUCCAACCCCGACUUUGUGAUAUACUCCUCAGUGGUGUCCUUCUACCUGCCGUUUAUCGUCACUCUGCUGGUCUACAUCCGCAUUUACGUCUUCCUCAGGAGGAGGCGGAAGAGGAUCACCUUCGGCCAGGCCAGCAGAAAGAUCCAGCCGGGCUCCACCCCACCGUCUGUGGAGACCUGCCUUCAAGAGGAGACCGCUAAGGUGAAGCAAGACCUGUCACCUAUAAGGAUUAAAGUGGAGAGUGCCGAGCCUUCGGAUUCCUCCAAGCCCAACCUGCUCUCGCGAUGCCUGUGGCGCAACCACCCCAAGACGGGGCCAGUGGAGAACUCGAUGCUGCCCCCGGUGGACACGCAGAACUACUGCAGCAUCAGCCACGCCUCCUGCGGCCGCACAGAGCUGGACCUGGAGCAGGAGCGGGCGGAGGAGGAGGAGGAGCGAGGGGAAAACCACCAGAAGGAACACGCCUCCGUCAGGAUAAGCUGCGAGGUGAAGGAUCUCUCCAACGGGCGGACGCACACGUCACUGCGGCCGACGCCCCACUCUAUUACCAACAGUUCACGAUUCAGGUGCAUGCACGCGAGGGAGAAAAAGGCCACUCAGAUGCUGGCCAUUGUGCUCGGGGUGUUUCUCAUCUGCUGGCUGCCUUUCUUUGUGACUCACAUUCUGAACACCCACUGCAAGACAUGCUAUGUGCCUGCUGCACUCUACGGUGCUUUCACCUGGCUGGGGUACGUCAACAGCGCCCUCAACCCUAUUAUCUACACUACCUUCAACAUCGAGUUCAGGCGGGCCUUCAUCAAAAUCCUCAGCUGCUGAGGAAUGGGGGCACGCCAGGAAAUUAAAAUGGAAAUGAGGCUGAGGACCCGUGCUGCCCGGUGCAUUCACUCAACCGUGACCGCAGACUGCUUUCGGUCAAGGAAAGAAAACACCACCUUGUGUCGUACAGGAUUAAUAAGGCAGCAGCAAAGUGAAGCAUUGAUAUGAACUGUGUCGUGCAAUAAAUGUAAAACAAAAAGAGGGAUUUUCCAACAACAACAAAGACCUUUGUUCCUCAACAGGGCUGGGACUUAAUUUGAACAGUAUUACUUGUUAUAUAGGACUUUUCACCUGCAUAAAGUCUUAUUGAUAGCACAAGGUGUUUGGACUUUCUCAUGGACAUGUCUUGUACAGUGCGUGCACUGUUCACUGGCACAGCUGCUCAGUUCAGGACUUUCCGAACAACGUGAGUGAACCACAACGGAGCUCUAAGGCUGAUGGAUUGAUCUUAAACCUGCAGGCCAGCUCGUCCUGAGGCCUGUUGCCGCGGCACUGUGUGGAUUAACUGAAGUCACCCUCCUCCACUCAUUCCCUACAUUCAUCAUCUUCACUAUCAGUUGCAAGGCCGUCCACUUUAAUUGUGCUCGAAGGAUCGUAUUGGUCCCUGCCAAGAGUCACAUCAUUUUGAUUGUCAUACGUAUUGACGUGGAGGCAUCCUGGGUUAUGUGGAUUAACUAGAUUCUUUUUUUUAUUAUUUUAAAUGUGAGAUUUUGAUGUAAUUCACAGUGGAAAUGCUGCCUGGGGUUUUUGUUAGGUUUUUUUUUAAGGAACUUAAAGAACUUCCCUGUUAUGUGGAGCCGCCUGCUGGCUCCUCUGAUGCUACGAAGAAGGCAGGAGCUUUGUGAUCUUAACAAAACGAGCGGGAUUGUAAACCGUGUGAUGAGCAGGUCUGUCGUGGACAGAGCAGUUACUGCAGUGUGUUGUAAUUAAAUGAAAUUAAAAAAGAUGAAAUGUU